AUGCUAAUCAGUUCAAGUCAACAUUUCAUCAACAUCUACACAUUAAUACUAUCUUUGUUCAUUUUCUUCAUUCACUACAAAUAUUCGUUUCAUAAUGUAAAUGCUGAGAAUUUGAAACCGACACCAUCAGCACAUCAACACUAUGUUAAUUUCAUACAAAAACAACAAGACAAUAAAGAUAUUGACUCAUCAUUAUCAGAUAAUCAUUAUGUCGAUAAGUCAAAUUUACCACAAACAAUUAAUAAUAAUAAUAAUAUGGAUAAUUUCAAAUCAUGUAUAUGCUUCAAAUGGCCAAGUUGUCUUAGCAAUUGUACAAAUGAUCCUUUACUGAAAUCUGUUGUACAAACAGAUUAUGGUUAUUUAUCAAAUGUACCAUUGCCAUUCAUUAUAUUAUUUCCAUAUCAAGCAAGAAAAUCACGUAAUAAUCAUGAUACAUCUACAUUGGGAAGACAAGGUGGCUAUUUUCAAAAUACACGAUUUUGGCUUACCAUGUAUAACCAACAAAAAAUUGUGUUAAAAUUACAAAAAUCUCGAAUAUUUAGUGACGCCGGCAAUUACUCCACUUUGUAUUAUCAAAAGAAAAACGAUGGACAUAUGUAUGAAUUUGAAUCAGAUAAAUUAAAAAACUGCUAUUACACUGGUACAGUAGUGAAUCAAACAGAAGAUUAUUUGAAUUUAGAUACUACUAAAUCUACUAAUUAUGUUGCUGUAAAUACAUGUUUUGGUUUGAAUGGUAUCAUUCAUUAUGCCAAUCAAACAUAUGGUAUACGUCCACUGCAUUGUAAACAAUGUGAUUCUACAGCCAUUCCACACCUACUAUUUCCACAUCGAUCAAAGUUGAUCAAUCGAGAUGUUCAAUUACCAGUAUUUUGGCGCCCUACAGAUAUUUUUAAUAUAAUGAACAGAAAACCUUUAACAAAAGUUGAAGGACCUCGAAUUUACACUAUAAAUCUUGCGUUAACGCUUGAUUAUCAUUUAUUUUCAUCGUUUGGUCAUAAUCUGGAACGUGGUAUUCAUUAUUUAAGCAAUGUGUUAAAUCAAGUAACUAAGUCAUUUCAACAUGUUCCUGUUGAGUUAUAUUUGAUUCAAUCAGAAAUAUGGACUUUAAAAGAUUUAAUUCAAUCAAAUGUUAGCAUUAAAACAACAUUGAAUAAUUUUGCUCAUUUCAUUAUCAAUCGUCGUAGAAAGUAUCAUUCAUCGAUGUUUGCCAAAAAUAAUGUUGUAAAUAAAAGUGAUGUAGUAAUAAUGAAUCCUUCCAUUGGAAAUGAUACAUUUGGGCGUCAUCGUAUUCAUCGAAGAUCAGUUAAUACUGAUAAUGAUGUUCUUCGUAAAAUGUCUUCAUCCACCUCAUCGUCAUCUUUAAAUAAUCCAUCUUUGUAUACAAAACAUUUGAUGUGCAUAGAAUAUAUAGCCAUACCAGAUAGUAUAUGUACACCAAGAGCUAUAGGAAUAAUUCAAGUUAACAAUACCGAUAUGGAUUAUCAUGUAUCCAGAUUGAUCUCUUUGGCUAUUGCGGAAAUUCUUGGCAUUAAAUCAUUUCCAUGUCCUCCAUUGUACAGUUGUUAUUCAUUCGAUCUGUUUUCCGACGGUGAUAAUUCCCGUCUUCGACUUGCUUUAUCAUCUGGUAUGGCUGAUUGUUUACUACAAAAUAUUGCUGUAACAAAGGAUUCUAAAUCUUUUAUCGAUACCUGUGGUAAUGGUCAAAUUGAUCGUGGUGAAGAAUGUGAUCCUGUUGUUCGUCGAAGUUUAAGCUAUUCUUCAAACUUUACUAAUCCAAUGUCUUGUUGUAAUUUGGAUACAUGUUUAGCUUCUGUCUGGGCUAUAUGUACACAUGGUCCAUGUUGUCAUCAAUGUCGUUUAAAACAAAAAGGUAGUGUAUGUCGUCCAGCGUUUGAUCAAUGUGAUCUACCGGAAUUUUGUACUGGUACCCAUCCAUCUUGUCCAUUAGAUUUAUAUUUGGAAAAUGGUUCUCCAUGUUUAACACAAUCAACACAAUCACUAGUUGGUAUUGUAUCCGCAUCGUCAGCCUUGUCAUCCUCAUCCACUACAGCUAUAACAACAACCACCAGUACUACUGUUGUACAGAAAAAUAAUAAUUCAUCAUCAUCACAGUUGAAUUAUUUAGUUGAAAAUCAUAAAUCAUUAUGCUAUCAAGGUCGUUGUCCAACACGUCAUAGUCAAUGUGAAAUGAUUUGGGGUGAACAAGCUACAGAAGCGUCUGAUUAUUGUUUUCAUUUACACAAUACUAAAACUGAUGGAGCUUGUGGUGUACAAGGACAGCAUUGUACUAUUGAACAUGCAAAAUGUGGCCUUUUACAGUGUCAAGGUGGUAGACCUAGACCUGUUUCAUUGGAAGCACAAUCUGGCCAACCAUUUGUUACGUAUACAGAACAUCAAGGACGUCAAUUUGAAUGCAAAUAUCUGUCUCAUACAUCUAAAGUUCGAUUUGUCCCAGAAGGCGCAUCGUGUGCGCCUGAUCGUUAUUGUUUUCAUCAAGAAUGUGUACUACCACAUGUUGUUUUUCAGUCGAUUUGUCCAACUGGUCCAGUAAAUAAACAAUUAGAAAAUGGACAUAUCAUCUAUAAAAAUGUGACAUGUUCUGAUCACGGUUUAUGUACUAAUGCUGGUUUCUGUUUAUGUCAUCCUGAAUGGACUGGUAAUGCUUGUGAAUUAGCAGUAGUUAUUACUAAUAAAUCUAUUACUAUUACAAAUGAUCGAAAUUCCUCCUCCUCCUCAUCAUCAUCAUCGUCAAUAGUUUCAAGUCAAUCAACUAUUAUGAACAAUAUGAAUCCACUGAGUUCAGAAGUUAUUCAUUGGAUAUGGGAUUAUUUAGAACAAAUGCAAAAAUCUUAUGGAAAUUCUCGACAUUUUCAACUUAAACGCUUUAGUCAUAACAAUAACAAUAAUGGUGAGAAUUAUAAAGCCCCAUUGAAUACAUUGUAUUUAGUUUGUAUACUUGGAGUUGUUGUUGGUGGUAUAUUUUUAUUUCUGGCAAUUUUUAUGUUUAUUUACAGACGACGGGGUCGACCUAGUAUUUUCAACAAAUCUUAUUAUAAUAAUCACAAUCAUAGAAAGUUUUGUGCAUUUAGUAGAAAUGGUUGUCGGCGUCGUCGUUGCUGUAAAAUUAAUCAAAGAAAUAAUGAUUUAUUAUCACCAAGAUCUACUAAACAUAAUGGUGGUUCAUUACGCUUAUUUAAUACUAUUGAUUCAAAUUCGACAGAAUGUCAAGAAUUACAAAGUUCCAUGUAUGAUCGAUCUACUGUCGGUGUUGGAGGUAGUAGUUGUAGUAGUCAUGAUAAAUCAGGAUAUGAUCGACAUAGUCGUCUACAUCAUGAUUAUUGUACUAUCAGUAGUAGUAAUAAUCGGAAUGGUGGUAACCAAGAUGAAGAAUGUUCACGACGUGUUCGUAGUCGAACUGAUAAUAGUCGUAAUAGAGAUUUAGAAUGUCGUAAUCAUCGUCAUCAUCAUCAUCAUUCAGAACAUAACAAUGAAAGUAAACAUCGACGUAGACAACAUAAUCGUAAUGGUGGUAGUAGUAGUAGUAAUAGUCAUGGAGUAAAAGAUAAAGAGGAAUUAUCAAGAAAAAAGAAACUUGAUCGUAAGCAUAAAUCAUCUAGCCGAACUAGUGCACCUGGAAGUAGUGAUAUUAAACUAUUGGAUUCAAUUGAAGGACAAUAUGGAAUUAAUUUCUCUGAUACUGAAUUAACUUAUAAACAUUCAAAUAAUAAUAAUGAUGAUUAUCAUAAUCACGAAGAGUUAAAUAAUAGUAUGGAUAGAAUAAUUAAAUUUGGCAGUAUGCCUUCAUAUAAAGAAGAUAAGAUAAAACAAUUGAAACGAACAGCUGAUACACUUCCUCCUUUUAAAUUAUUAAAAAUUAAUAAACAUAAUAUUAAUCAAACAUCUACAUUAUGUGGAUCAGUCAGUGUAACAUCACCGCCAAUAACAACAAUAACUGCUAUUACAUCAUUAAUAUCAUCAUCAUCAUCUACUGUACCUCCGUUAUUUCCAUUCUAUUCAACUGCAUACUCGAAAUCGGUUUCACCUAUGACUUAUUUACCAACUGAUGAUUUAACUACUCAAACUACAAUAUCUAAUUCCAAUCAAAAUUCAUUAUUAUUACACAAUGUAACAACAGCUGCAUUAGUUGGUGCAGGUCGAGCUGGAGCUAAUGCUGCGGCAGCAGUGGCAGCGGCAGCCGCUGCAAACCCCACGGCAGCAGAAGUAACAACAACAACAACAACGACAUUCAUAUCUACUGGAACAUUAGAUGUUAUGUCGUCUAGUAAUAAUGAUAUGUUAAUUGAUACUUGUCCAACAACAGUUUCUCCGGCAGAUACUUCAAAAGAUGCAAUGAAUGAUACGCAGUUUAACAUCAUAAUGGAGAAUUCAUGGCGUCAACCAGAGAAAGGUAUUCUAAAGAAUAAAAAUGAAGGCGGUAGUUACAAUGUGAAUAAUUCGUCGUCGGCCAACACUUCCACUAAUCGUCGACAUCAUAGGAGAUCUUCAUCAUCAAUUAAUCAUAAAAAACAUCAUCAUCAUCGUCAUAGAUCACCAUCAUCAUCGGCAGCAACCGGUAGUCAUCAUCGAUCCAGGCAUAAACAUUCAAAAUCAUCACGUCAUCAUCAUACUACUCAUAAUACUAUGGAUAAUAAUGAUGCCGGUAUUAUGAAAAGAAAUGAUUCAUUCUCUGAUUGUUCUUGCCAUUUACAUGAAAAUGAGAAAAAGUUGAGAAAACAUCAAAAUCAUCAUCAUAAUCAUAGUCGGAGAUUAUCUCGACGGGGUAAUAAUAUUGUAACUAGUCGUUCAAACAGUGUAAAUGACGGAAGUUCACACUUAGAAUUUUGUACAGCGUUAAAUGAUAUUAAUGGUAAUGAUGAUAGAAGCCUAAGUGGUAGUUCAUCUCUAUCAAGUCAUGGUUUAGAAUUUUUAUCAAGUCAUUCAUCAUCAUCGUCAUCAUCAUCAUUAUCUAGAACAUUAGCUACAUCGUCAUCAUCAUCAUCAUCAUCUUCUACAUCAUCAUUUACUGAUUUAAAUUCUCAUUGUCAUCAUCAUCAUCAACUUCGUCGUCAUCAUUCACAUUCUAAUCCUCAUUGUCACAAAGAUCAUGAUAAUAAUGAUGAUGUACAAAGUUUAAGUUCAUCAUUCACUUCAUCUACUACAAGUACUUGUUCAACUGCUUUAGAAGUUAAUGUAAUCAAAUGUAAUAAUUCACAACAACAUCAACAAAAUGGAUUAAUUAAUAAAGAUUCUACUGAUCCUAUAACAACAGAUCAUAAUCGGUCAAAACGAUUUGAUAUUAUAAAUAAUAAAUCAAAUCGUUCAAAUCAACAAUUAAAAAAGAAUUAUGAUUAUUGUUCUGAGAAUUAUCAAACUAUUCAAUGUAUUAAUAAUGAUAAUAGUAUUGGAACCGAUCCUAUUAAUAUUGAAAGAGAGGAUCAACGUAGUUCUCAUCGACACAGUCGUAAACAUCAUCGUCGUCAUUGUCGAUAUCGUAAACACCAUGGACAUCAUAAACGUCAUAGUGAAUCUAAUCAGGAAAUCUCCGGAACAAUUAAUCUUACCGGUGAAUCAUUAGGAUCGUCUUCUAGUACGACUAAUAAUUGUAAUUCUGGAAUUUCCGAAGCAUCUUCAUCAUCUUCUGGACUAACGACAGUCUCUUGUCAUCGUCGACGUUCAAGAACACGAAGUAUAACAGAUGAAGAUUGUACAACUUCCGGUUCACGAAGAAGUAGUCCUUUACCACCAGCCCCAACAAUAUUAUGUAAUGUAGGCCAGCAAACUGAUGAGUUGAGUUUAUUGAAAGUAGCUGGUCUUACAAUAUCGUCUAAAACUGGUGCUAAUUCUGAGUCAGCGAACAAUAAUAUCACGAGUAAUAAUGAAAAUCGUAAAUCUUAUUUAGAUUCUGAAGGUGAAUGGGAAGAAAUUGAAUGUAAUGAAUCAGGUUGUGAGGAAUGUCAAAAUUCAAUUCACACAACAACAACAACAACGGCUACUACUACUACUGAUAAAAGUAUUAAUAGUCAUGGAAAUAGACAAUCGAAACAUUUAACAACUACAUCACCUCCUAUCCUUUCGUCACCUUCUCAUCCAACUAUUAUUCUGCAAAAUAGAAUAAAUCAAUUACAUUCAACAUCAUCGAAUAAUUUCAAUCCAUUAUGUGUAACAUUAAAUAACCAACAACAACCAUUGUAUAAUCUAUCAACUCCCCCGACUAAUUCAUCAUUAUCGAUGAUCAAUAGUAAACAACAAUCGUAUUCAACUAAUUCAUCGUUAGGUUCAUCGAAAACAUCACGAUCUGCUGGUGGAUUUAGUAGUAGUGGUGGAAGUACUGGUUUAGCAAAUUUAUCAUCAAUGCCACUACCUCCUCCAUCAUCUUUAUCAACCAAUAAUCCUACUACUACCAUCACGACAACUACUACUACGAAUACUGGUAAUAAUGAUAAUAAUCAUUCAAAUGUAACUUCUAUGCAAUUACAACAAUACAAACAAUCACAGUUAUCAGGAAUAAAACAACAACAACAAUAUAUCGGUAUGAUGCAUAACAAUAAUCAAACGAAAUUUAAUUCGGAAGAAUAUACUGGUCAACAUAGUGAACCAGAAGUUGAUGCUCAUUUAAACAUUGGAUCAAUGAUAAAUCGUCAAAUAAAUGAACAACAAAAUUUAAUGAAUAAAUUACAAACUGAUUCUAAUCAUCAUCACCAUCAUCAUCAACCACCACCACCACAACAACAACAACAUUAUAAUCCGUUUUAUCUACCAUCAAAAUCAUCUGUAAAGAAUUCAUAUGCUCAAUCAUCAGAAUCACAAUCUCAAUUAAAUAAAUUACUAUUACAUCAACAACAAGCCAACUCAUCCAUUCAAAAUAAUAAUAAUAAUAACAAGCCUAAUUCUUUACAAUUAUUCACUUCACCUGAAAUAAUUCAUAGAAGUGUUAAUAAUAUGACAAACAACAGAUCUGUGUAUGACUCAAGUCUUCAAAUGAUGGAUAAUAAUAAUAAUAAUACUCAUAAUAAUAUACAAGGUAACUUGGAGUUAUACUAUCAACAUCCAUAUGAAGAUGUUGCUACAGAUGAUUAUGCUGAAACUAAUAGUCAAUUAAAUUGUACAUCUCUACCACAAAAUCAAUCUUUUAACCAAUCACUUUUAUCUCACUAUCCACAAAAACAGUUUCAAUCGUAUUUAUCACCAACUGAACCAUCACUACCACCAUUACCACCAACAUUAACACCUACACAACAACAUAUAUAUCAUCAACAUGAUGGUUGUGGUCCAUUAUUAUUACCACCAAUAUCUACUAGUUCUCUGUUGUACAAUAAUGAAGUGAACAAUCGAUUCGGUUAUUCAAGAACGGCAACAUUGGAUGAAGAUGAUAAAUUAAGUUUAGAUGAAGACAGUGAAAUGAUGCACUUUACAAAUUCACAAACGAAUAAUAAUAAUUCGGUUAAUAUUACUAUGACGACAACAACAAUGACUACUAUUACUACCACUGCUACUAAUAUUAGUAAUGAUGGUAAUAAUAAUAAUACUCACUUGAGUAGUAUGUUUAAUCCAUAUACUGUUGCGUUUAUCAAUAAUAGUCCAUCAAAUUAUAUUCAAUCGAAUCCAUCACACCAUACUACUUUAUCACAUUUUAAUCCAUCAUAUUCUGUUUGGAAUACUAAUGAUUCAGUUCAUCAUCGUAUGACUAAUAACAUUAACAACAAAUAUAGAAUAAAUGAUAAUCCGUCAAUCAUUUAUCCUAGUGAUCAAAUGAAUAGUGCCAAAGAUGGUGUUGUUGGUAUUACAGGUUCCAGUGGAAUUACACAUCCUCUAUUAAAUGAUAUUGAUGAUGUAGGCAGUGAUUUUAGUCUGUCUGCUUUUCGUCGUAGUGAUGAUAUUUGUGGCCCUUCAUCGUUGUCAAAUCGAAUAUUCAAUAAUAACAAUGGUAAUAAUAAUGAUCUCAUCAUGAAUAAUCUCCUACCAUCAUCACAAACCACACAAUUACAACAUAAUAAUUAUCAACAACAAUCUACGGAACAUCAUAGUUCUAGUGAUAUUGCUGGCAUGAUGGAUGUUCGUAGUAAUGAUGGAACAUGUGAUGAAUCAGAUGCUAGUUCACUACCGGAACAAGGCUGUGAUUUAAUGCAUUUAGCUCAAUUACGUAUAUCAGCUAGACCGAAUCCACUAUUAAACGAUUUAGCAAAACAACAGGUACAAAGAAACAACAAGUAG